ACACUGUUUUAGCGACGGAUUUUAGCGACGGACGCUAAAUCCGUCGCUAAAACAUCAAGAUAGCGACGGAUUAAACGACGGAACGCAAAACUGUCGCUGUUGGUGUGAAAAAAUGGGGCGGGAAGGAGCCCGCCAAGUUAGCGACGGAAUGUCCGUCGCUACUCCGUCGCCAAUGUGGCGGGAGUUUGGCGGGAAGAGUUGCCGCCUGGUUUUUUGGUCAAUUUUAGCAACGGAUAAUCUUAUCCGUCGCUAACGUUGAGCUGUACUAAAACGCACCGUUUCAGCCUCAUUUUUAGCGACGGAGUUUUGACGAUCCGUCGCUAACUUGUGAAGCUGAAACGCUUCGUUUCAUUUAAUUGAUUUUAGCGACGGAUUUAAUAAUCCGUCGCUAAAAUCAAUUAAAAUCCACGAGCAGAACCCUUCUUCCUCACUUUCUGUUUCUGUUCUUAUUCUUCAAAACCGCCGUUUCUCCUUCUCCGGUCCAAAUUUCCGCCGUCAGUUCACCGUGGUAUCACCGUCGGUAGGCUCUAUUUCACCCUUUAAUCUCCAUUAACGUCUUUUUAUUGUAUUUAUUUGUUUUUUUUGUUGUUAGAUUGAUUAUAAUUCGCUGCCCUCAUCCUUCAUCGUCCUCCGCCGCCGUGAAUCCGCCUCUGCCGUCUACAUUCCGCCCCCGCUGUCCAGUUAAAGGUUUGAUAGCCGUCAGUUGGUUGCAGCGGUCCGACAUUCCUUAUCGAUCCUUUUUAUCUGUUGCGGUUCUGCUCUCCAACAAGUAUGAGGGGUCGAGGCUCAGGCGGAGGCUCAGGCCGAGGAUCAGGCCGAGGACGGGGGGACCCUACCGAGCCCGUUGAGGAGCAGCAUCGUGAGGAGGCUGGAGGACCUGUUCAGCCUUUGCAGGAGCGUGAGGCAGGCGAGCCCCCGGCCAUUUUGGACAACCAGGGUAGGGCGAUGGUUCGUCCGGACCCUAGCAGGACAAUGUUGCUGGACUCUGGGCCUGUUUCUCGGGCUAUCCGGGAUAUUUUCAGGCAGUGCUGGUUCGAGACUGGAUUAGCAUGGCGCUUUCUGACAGCGGACCAGAGGGAGUUCUAUUUUCAGGAAUUUCAGAAGAAGUUCUGGUGGGAUGACUCUGCGUACAGCGAGGAGGUAAUCAGACGGGUCUUCAUGACCCAUGCAGCCACCCGGUACAAAGACAACAUCCACAAGAUGAGGAAAAUGCAAAAGAAGCAUACAUCUGUGAAUCAGGAGAUCUGGGAAGCCUGGAAUGCAUUUUGGGACACAGAGAAGGAGAAAAAGAAGUCAGAGACAACUCGGGCAAACCGGAUGAGUGAGCCUGCGGGCCCCGGUUCUGGUCCUGUCCGCCAUACCGGAGGAUCUCGCUCUGCUAUCAAGCAUAUGGAUGUGAUGGCUAAGGAGCUCGGCCGGAAGCCGAGUGCGACAGAGCUGUACAGUCGCCUUCAUAAAACGAAGGCUGAGAAGAAACCAGUCGACAAGAGGGCUCAGGAUAUGACUGACGCCAUCGCUGAGAGGCUUGCUGCUGCGACACAGUCGCCGACCGGAGAGGGGAGCACCUCGAGUCCUGUGGAUGAGACGCAGAUAUUUAUGGAUAUCGAGGGCGUCAACAAGAAGCAUCGGGUGUACGGCCUGGGUUCGGCUACCAGCAGAUAUGUAGGCCCGAGUAUCAGAUCGCAGAGAGGCAGCUCUUCACGGACAUCACAGCAGACGGAUGAGGAGGUCGAGCGCCGUGUGCAGGCCGGCAUCCAGGAGGGCCUGCGGCAGGUUGAGCAGCGGUUGGCGGCGCAGCAGGCCAGCAUGGCACAGAUGAUACGUGAUGAGAUUGCACGGAUGAUGCCGAAUCUCCCACCAGAGUAUCAGCCACAAUUUCCCCCUCCUCCGCCAGACGGUGGCGAUACUACAGAUUUGUAGUUUCCUGUUUAUUUUAUUUUCUAAAAUAUAUUAUGUACGAUGUUUUUUUUCAGACAACGUUUUAUGUAUACUUUGAUAUUUUAUUUUAUAUAUAUAUACUUUUAUUCAGUUUCAAA